UCUCUCAGUAGUAAAUCACUGUGGCCCUGUUUCGAAAAGUGACUGCUACUGUUGAUGUCUUGACGUUAAUUUUAAAAAAAGCACAAAGAACAGUCUCCGAACAGACAUAAAAAGACCCAGAGUCUGUGAAACGAGAUUCUCGAAAACUGGCUUAAUCCACCGUUGAUGUACUUCGGUUCGGUGCUAACAACAUGGAGAAUCACUCAAACCCUAAACAAGUCUGUAGGGCAUUCAGUGCCGGACACGAGACAUUGUUUUAGCGAGACUUUACAAAUGUCGACCUCCUCGAAAAGGGAUGAUCAUCUAAAUCCGCCUGGCAACAUAUCGCUACGUAUGGCAUCAGCCAAUCCUCGAAUCCAGAACCUUAUAGUUCAAACUUUGCCGAAUCUUCAAUCCAACGCCAUGAACAUCCUCGAUGAUGUUGACGUGUGUAAAUCGAUGGAAGAAAAGCAGCUAACAGGUGUCCAACAAUCGAUCAUGCAUACCGACUGGGCGGUAAAGAAACUUCGGGCCUGGCUUAAGUCUACUGAGCUUACAGCGCAGGAGAGACAAGUGAUCUCAAGGUUAAUCGGUACGGUCAUAGCAGGCAAACAUAAUCUGAUACGGAUGCAGUUACGGUUUCGGGACCUUUACAAUAAACUCAGAGAAACUCAUGAAGAAUUCAAGAGUUGGGUGAUGACUAUAGAUUUAACAACCGAAGACCCAACGGUAUACUCAAGCAUAAGUGAUACCUGGAUGGAGUAUCGGGUUCAAACGCUAUGCAUAAAGUCUCAACUUGAUGAUCUCUACAAUUUGAUUAGGAAAGAUUUGCUUUCGGUGAAAGUGAUCCACCUGUUUGAAAAGUAUGGUCUUUUAGAGUCUUUUCCAGAAGAUCUAAACCAAUAGUGCACACGUGAACAUACAGAUCGUAUUUUGUGUCUGCCCAAGGUUAAAUGAAGACUUGUUUUUUCUAUCAGCACUAACAAUAUUACUGUAUCUGGUUUCUACUAGUGUUCGUAUAUUGUAACAAAAAUUUUUACCAGUAAAAAAAUUUUACGUCGUUCAGGUAUCUCAUCCUCUUACAACAUAAAUAAACGUACAAUAAUAA